GGGGCGUGGCAGUGAGCUUGGGGCGUGGCUAAAGCUGAAAUGCUCAUUACUCACUGCUUACACCUGUGUGUGAAGAGGACAGAUGUAUACUUUAGGCUUUAUGUUCUGCUACAUUACGUUACAUCAAGAUGUUUAGGAGCUCGACCAUGGCCAGCACCCCCGACUACGGCGACGCCCACAGCUGCACCGACGUGGACCGGCUGAUGAAGCGCUACUACCUGCCCGUCGCCUACAGCGUCAUUUUCAUCGUGGGGCUGGUGGGCAACGUCAUCUCAAUCGGCGUGUACGUGACCAAGCUGCGCCCGUGGAAGAGCAGCAGCGUCAUCAUGGUCAACCUGGCGCUGACCGACCUCCUUUACGUCCUCAGCAUGCCCUUCCUGGUGAGUUACUACACCAACGGGGAGUCGUGGGUCCUCGGCGACUUCAUGUGCCGCUUCGUCCGCUUUGGUUUCCAUCUCAAUCUGUACGGGAGUAUUCUCUUCCUGACGUGCCUGGCGGUUUUCCGCUACAUGGUGGUGGUCAAGCCGCUGAUGAUAGCGCAGGUGCAGCAGAGGGUCUGGGGCAUCGUAGCGUGCGCGGCCGUCUGGGUCAUCACCACCGCCGAAAUCACACCCAUGCUCACCAUGAUCAGCAUAAAGGAGGUCAACAACAAGACAUACUGCAUGGACUUCGCCAGCACCAACGCCCUCAGUGUGGUGUGGUGGUACGGAUGGCUGCUCACCACGCUGGGGUUUCUACUGCCCCUUGUGGUGGUGUCCAUGUGUUACAUCGGAAUCGCUAAACAGCUGGCGAAGGGGCCGCACACGAGCAGUCCCUGCAGGAUCCGGGCGCAGCGCAUGACCGUGCUGAUCCUCGUCGUGUUUGUCUUGUCUUUCCUGCCGUAUCACGUCCUGCGGGGGUUGAGGAUCGAGACGCUGAUGAACGAGGAGACGCCGUGCAUGCUGGAGCGCGGUGUCCAUGCGGCGUAUAUCAUCUCCAGGCCGCUUGCGGGGCUCAACACCUUUUUUAACCUGGCUCUGUACACGCUGUCGGGGGAUAAGUUUCAGCAAGCCUUCCUCAGCAUCUUCUACGCUGAAUCCUGGCUGUCCAAGGCCAGGUCGCUCCUCAGCCUGGCCACUAUAAGCAAAAGUGGAAGCGGCGCGGCCCCGAAAUGACAGCCAGCUGCCCAAGGACACUUUCUCCUUUUCUCUUCGGCUCCCUCUUUCUCUCCUGCUCUCUCACACACCGGAUUCUCUCUCAUGAUGCAAAGCUUAAGUCACUCGGACAUGCGAUUUCAAGGAGGCAGUUUGAAAGCCGGGGUUUCAUUGUUUACAUCCCAGAGACAGUAGAUAGUCCCUUUCAUCUUGGUUUGCCUUGGGCAGGACUGCUGUGUGUCAAGCCAUUAACUGCGAAUAUAAAUGACUUAAAGGUUAAACAUAAAAGAUUUUUCAUGUGGAGUUAAGCCUUUCUUUUUCUGGUAAACUCCUUGUUUAUUUAGCUGCUGAAGGUGAUAUGCCUCUGAAGUUGAAAUCCAUGUGAGUAAAUGCCAACGUUCGCAUGCACAUUGCAUUGAUAUUUUUGUUUGAAACCUCAAAAAUAACUUGCAAUUUACAUAUUUAUAGAUAUGUACAUACAAAGAAUGGGGGGAAAAAUCUUCAAACGUGUCGUUCAUGCAGGCUUGCACAACCAUCGCCUGACCUCUCAUGACUUUGACUACAGUUAGUGCGGGAUAUAAGACAAAAAUGGCAGAGCGGCUUUUUAGACGAGGAGAAAUUCACUUUGAAUUUGUUGCACGAAAGGCCAGGAACGUGGCGGUGAAGUGCAAACUGUGCCCAGGCCAGAAACAACUAUCCACCGCUGCGAGCACAGCCUCAAAUCUCUCACAGCACCUGCUAAGGCAACACACUAGCACAGAGCUGGUGGCGAAGCAGAGCCGGAGUGAUGCUCAAGCUGAGUGCAUGCCGACCCCGACCAUGCGGCCAAAGCUUGAGUUUCACGUAACAACAGCAGAAAUGAACAGGCUUGUAGCAUCGUACACAGUAGAGGAAAUAUUCCAACAGCACAAAAGCAUUACAGGUCAUUAAUCAGAUCCAAAAAAGUAGGUCUCUCCAUUUUUUAUUUUUCAUCUUUUUCUUUUCCUUAGUUAUUUUUAAUCUCCUUUAUGUACUUGGUUGUUCGGUUUUCUUUAUAUUUUGUCAUGACUGCAUUUGUUGGCCAUCAGUGUGACCGCCUCUUAUCGCUGUAUAAAAUUUUCCGCACCGUGAGGGAGGCAGUUUGCCGUCACACGGAAGCGUUUUCAUGCCUCAGCCCUUUUCCAAUAAGGGCCUUUUUUCCUUUCCGCAUACCGAGACGAGAGCCUGGCCCUGAAUUUCCCGGACACGUUUCACUCCUCUGUGCCCGUAACUCUUCCUCCUCCCUUGCUUUUGUCGUCGAUACCCAACAGCUCCUGUGGCUAUACUGCGGAUACCUGAGGUGCUGCUGCAUGUGACUGCCAUGUUCAAUCAUUGUAGCUGCUUCCAAAAGUUGAUAACCGUUAACUCGAGCUGUGACUUAUGCGGUUAAUUAGUAGUUUUAUAUUUAACCCAAUCUUACUGGUGGAUUCCCAGUUAUUCCUUGAGUGUUCAAAAUGGCCAUUAUGGGAAUAGUUUUCCACUUAGUGGUAUCUCAAACCCACUGUGUGACUGAAUUGUUGUGAAUUGUAUGAAAAAUGUUGAAUAAAAUUAUUACCCUUGA